AUGCGCGUGUCGCGUGCGAGAGCAGGGGUCUGGCUCAGUCGCUCCUCCGCAAUUCCAAGGCCUCUGCGACCAUGUCUGGCUUUCGCAGUAAUUCGGGCGCAACGACGCUGUUUGCAGCUCCCGUAUGGCCCUCAGACUCCUGGACCGCCUGACGCUGGUCCCGUGGAGAGCGAGGAUGAUGCGCCCAAGAAGGGCUCGUCCGGCUCAGAUGCCGGGAAUGGUCAGUCCAGGUUCGAUUGGAAAGGUACGGCCUUCAAGAUGACUGAAGCUGCCUUGACCACAUUCGCUUCGGUCGCUAUCCUCGGAGCCGUGGGCUAUGGUUACACUCGAUAUUACAAGUACAUGAUUCUGGAGAAGAUGGAGCAUGCAUUCGACCCUGGGGAUCCUGUACUCGACAUAGCUGCUACUGCUAAACAAGGAUCCGCGACUGGUGGUCAUGUUCUUGUGGACGAGGAGAAGCAACGCGAACAUUGGGUGCUCCGCAAAGAGCAGGCACUCAUUGAUCGCAUUGUCGCUGGCGAGGUUAGAGGCCAGUACCAUCUGAUCGUUGGUGAGAAGGGCACGGGCAAGUCCAGCAUGCUGAUAGACGCCAUGGCCAAGAUUGACGGCGAAGGCUGCGCCAUGCUUGAAGCCCAUGCCAAUCCUGAGAUUUUCAGGAUCCGACUCGGUAAGGCAUUGGACUUCGAAUUCCAUGAGGACAACAUGGGCUCACUCUUCUCGAUACGUGGCCCGCGCGACGCGGGUGCCCUUCUUGAUGUUGAACGAGCAUUCAACAAGCUAGAGAAAGUCGCUCUCAAGCGAAGACACGAGAUUGGACGUCCUCUGAUUCUCAUCUUCAACUCGAUGCAUUUGUUACGCGACGACGAUGAUGGCAAAGACCUGCUCGAGCUGAUACAACAAAGAGCAGAGCAAUGGUCUGCGAGCAAUCUUGCAACUGUCAUCUUCAACUCAGACGAUUACUGGAUCUACGAGCGCCUGAAACAAUACGCCACCCGGAUGAAUGUGCUACGCAUUCUCGACCUUGACAAGCAAAAAUCCAUUACAGCAUUGCGGAACUAUCGCACAAGAUAUAGAAACGACCAACCCAGCGAAUCGCUCCUGGAGCAGGUCUAUGACAAGGUUGGCGGACGUAUGUCGUAUCUCAAUCGUGUCGCAAAGGCGGACGAUAUGCUUAAGAAGGCCGAGGAUAUUUGCCGUGCGGAGAAAACCUGGUUCUUGAAUCAAUGCUGGAUCUUGGGCGCAGAGAUGGACGACGAUGUGAUGGAUCAACAGAAGUAUGCAUCCGCUGCUAUGGUGCUCGCAAAAGCGCUGGUUGACCUGGAGAAAGAAAUGGAAAAGACCUAUGAUGCUGAGCAAGGGCACAUUCUGCCAGAAAUACCGCUCCACAAAGCAAGACAGAUCAUGACUCGAGCGGAUUUUAUACAGAGCUACGAUGCCAUCAAUAUCUUCGCAAUUGACAGCAACGCGAAUGUCCGGCCGGAUUCCGUUCCCAUGAUGAAUGCGUUUCGAGAGAUUUGCAGUGAAGAGGGCUUCGAUGAGUUCCUGGAGGCCACCUUGGACAGAAUUGGAGACAUCGAAUCUUUGGGCCGCACAAGGGAGCUUACGAUCAAAGAUCUGUGGGACGGCGGCAAGUACAGGGUCAAAAUGCAGGAUAAGGAGCUUACCUUCGAAUGCGAAAAGCCGGAAGAAGAGGAAGAGGGAGAUGACAAAAGCAAAGGGAAAGCCGAUGAUGAUGGCGAUGAUGACGAGGCACUCGGAAAGGCACAGCAUGUUGUUGCAGAGGCAUACCAGAAGUAUCUGGAGAGUCAGAAGAAGAAAUAA